CAUUGUCCUAAUGGUAAUGUUCAAAAUAAGUGUCAAGGAAAGUAAGUAUGGUUGUUGGAAAAAUGUUUUUCUUAUAUGAAAAUAUUAAUUAUUAUGCAUUUCUCUCUUACAGCUUUCCUCAAAAUUUAGACAUGGCUGGAAUUUGUAAGAAGAGCUCUGUGUCACCACUCAUCGCUCUGAUUGUCGUUUUUUUCGGUACUGGAUCCUGGGUUGCAAUCAAUGGAUUGUGGGUGGAACUUCCCCUUCUCGUUCAACUAGGUAUACCAGAAGGCUACCAACUAGCUUCGUACCUUACAAUUAUUAUUCAAAUAGCAAACAUUGGGCCACUAUUGUUUGUUAUUAUAUCGUAUUUAACACCAAAACAUGUUCGAUUAGAGGUUCCAACCAUAUAUAUAAUUGUGUCGAUCGGUAUAACUGCUUGUGUUUUGUUGAUAUUCUUUUGGGACGUUACCACAUACUGGGAUGUUGUGGAUGAUUAUCGAAGCACUGCGCUAUUAGUCUUGGCAUUUUUUCUAUCAACCGUAGAUUGCACAUCAUCAGUUGCCUUCACACCAUUCAUGUCGCGAUUUACAAACUUGUACGUCACCUGGUAUUUUAUCGGCGAAGGGUUCAGUGCACUUUUGCCCAGCCUAGUCGCUCUUGGUCAAGGCGUCGGGGGAGACAAUGGUUGCAAGGCAAAUUUCACGUACGUCCAGUACAUCAAUGGAACUGAGGAAAACUGCACGGACUGGAUGACCGAUGUGAAAUCUGAACGAUUCCCACCAGAAGACUUCUUUAUUUUCUUAACAGCAAUGAUGAGUUCUUGCGGUAUUGCAUUUAUUUUGUUGAAUUACUUACCGCAGGCAAAACGAGAACUCAUACCUCAGGAACGCGAUGGACCAUUACCAGGUAUGGAACCCACACCUUCCCCCGCGAGCAGCCAAGAAAGUUACACAAUGAUUCGGAAUGGCUGCACUGAACCGGAUGCUUCGGAUAAAGAAAUAAUAUCCGAGGGUUCACCAAAUAUACUGUUAUCAUCAAAGGAGUCUGUGUAUCUUUUUGUUAUCCUAGGCUGGGUGAGUGGGUUAAGUAACGGUGUGCUUCCAUCCAUCCAGAGUUACUCCUGUGGGGCAUAUGGACUUGAUACGUAUCUCCUAGCCGCCACAAUUGCCAAUAUAGCCAAUCCCAUCUCCUGUUUUGUAGUGUUUCUUUGGCCACAGAAGAGUAGGACCUUAGUGACGGUGACAGCAAUUCUUGGAACUGUCUUUGGAUCGUUCUGUAUGACAACCGCUGUUCUUAGUCCAUCGCCACCAUUACAGUUUUCUACAGCUGGUGACAUUUUAAUAGUCUUCUGUUGGGUGUGCGUGUCUGGAUUCUUCACAUACACCAAAGCCACUAUAGGUUGGAUCCUUCGAAAUGCCAAUGACAAUAGGUCUCUCUUGAUAUGGUUUGGAGCAGUUACUCAAAUUGGAUCGCUUAUAGGAGCCCUUAUCAUGUUUCCAAUUGUAAACUCCUUUAAUUUGUUUGAAGGAUAUUAUGGAGAUCCAUGCAAAGACAAAGUAAAAUGCAUUCCAAUCGAGUAGUAUAUUCUGUAGAUAGCAUUAUAGUAUAUUCAUAGAGGAAUUAGUUUAAAUUAUAACACACCUAAAUAAAUCCCUGUCAUUUCAUUGGUGGAUUUUGUAUCAUGUGACAUUGGAUAUUUACACCAUUCCAUCACUCAUGGAAAUUUAUUUUAUUUUUUAUUCCAUCCGUUUUUGCUCAUUGCACAGUGCCUAGGAAAGGAUUUAAACAUAAUACAAUCUUUUGAUUGGUUAAAAAGACAUGGGACUGUUGCAUUUGGGAAAAGUGUAGACUUUUUCUAAAAUAUAAAAUGACAAGAAUUGCCAUUCAGAAAAAUGUAGUUUUUGGAAUAAAAUAUCAAAUGACAAGAAUCUUAGGUGUGUUAUAAAACAAAUAAUGAAUGUUUUUUAUUUGCGCAAUGGAGGCUCCGCCUUGUUGAAUGGAACAGUCAAUCUCUCAACUCAUGAAAGCAUUCUUUCCAUUGCAGGGGCAGAUCCAGAGAUGUCUGAAGCAGGGGGGAAAACACCACCCCAGGGGGCACGGGGAAAUUCCUCUGCAAAACUUUUAUUUUCUAGACACCCGAAAAUAACAUCUAAAGUGUUUUGGGUGAUGAUUUUUUUUUUGGUCUUUCCAAAAAGGGCCGGCCCUGCAUUGCACUCAUAAACAGUUAUUAUUUGUAUACUAAUUCCUCCAUGUUAUAUUGUAGAAUUUAUUCCAGUCAUAGUUGUAAAUAUUGGCAAUAUUAGACUGGUUUAUUUCGUAUUAUUUUCAUUUGGCUGCUUCGUAAACCAGAGCGCGUUACUGUAAUUUGCAAUAAGUUAUCCAAGUGACCAAAACAAACAUGGCCAAUUGGUUAGGUCAUCGAAAAAAAUUGAAUUAAUAUAAUUUAGAUUAAAUUUCAUAAAAUAAUAAUUAAUAUUUACAGUAUAUGUAAUAUAAAGUAAAAAAAUACUUGUAUGCUAACAGAAAAUAUUUGUUUACGAUAAAACAACUAUCACAGGCCGAAGCAACCUUGACUACGCUAGCGUGUAUCUCGGUAGCUACAUAGCCAUUUUGUUUUGUUGAGGAUUUGUCUGGUCUGCUUUAAGUAUGACUUUAUCACUACCGGGCAGGCAGGCGUGGUUCAAUUGUAAUGAAGAACAGUCAAAUACGGCCAUUAAUAUGGUGCUAAGCAGGAGAUGAGUGUGGUGCCUAGAUAUUAUGUACAAUGCAUCGCAAGUAGCCCAACAUACCAGACCAUGGUUGGUAGUGUGUAAAUUUCUUACCAUAGAUUAGUCUCAUAAUAGCACCAGUAUUCACGAUUCCCAAUCAAAGCCUUGAUUAUGCAAUGUACUAAAAUUGAGGGCAGUAUGUACUAUCAAAGAACAUAAAUAGCAGAAGAAUGAGCUAUUCGAGUAGUUUGCUUUGAAAUUGGUGGAGUACAUAAAAUGAGCCCAAGCAGUGCCCUUGAUUAUAAGAUAUAGCGCCACUGUUCGGAUGGAGAAAAAUUAUUCUCAUAGACGUUCCACUAUAUCGCAAGCUGCUCUAUCAUCUUCUAUUUAUUAUCUUUGGUACUGUUAAUGUGCAUUUUAGGCCUGUGCUGUUUUGUAAUUUUUUUUUUAUGUAGGCAAGAUGGAAUGCCAGAAAGUAUACCUUUCAACUUUUUGUUGCCCAAGAUUAACCCACUCAAAAUCUAGAAAAUCUAGGGUCAACCAUUGUGCCAAAAUGUUUUUCAGUUCUUUUAUUAUACAGGAUAUUAUUAUUAUUAUUGUAAUAUUUUCAAAUGGACUAUUCCACAAAGCCCCCACCCCUUGAAUAUUGUUGUUAAGGUGCCAUAAAGAGACUGCUUAUAUUUUCCUGGUUUUAGUUUAAGACAUUUCAUGGGUUAAUUUCCAUGCCUUUUAGUUCUUGUUUUUUUCUUGCUCCAUCUAUAGCGACUUGAGCACUUUCUAAAGUGGAUAUGUGUGCUAUAUAAAUCCUAUUAAGCAAUUAGAGUAAUUGCAUAUCAUACACUGCACUAAUGAAAAAUUAGUGCACAGUUGAGAUAGGAAAGUAACAUUGGGAGUUGCAGUCAUGAUUGACUUAUAAUUAUUAUUAUUAACAUAAUAUUGCGAGUUUGUGGGACAUGCAUGUAAUUCUGCUUGCAAUGCCUAUUGAAAAACAUGUUCUGAUUGGUCAGUUAUGUUUAACACUUUUACUGUAGAAAAAUAUUUCAUUAAGAAAAUUGUUUUCCUAUUAAACACAUUAAAUGUGGCAAAACCUCAA